AUGUCGGAAUCCCGCGAUGUUAUCCGCAAACUCCACCCCAAGGUCAUCGCCAGAAUCGCAGCUGGCGAGGUUGUGGUCCGGCCGGCGGCGGCCAUCAAGGAGAUCAUCGAGAACAGCAUUGACGCCGGCGCUACCACUAUCAAGCUUAGAAUCGCCGCAAACCCGCUGCACUACGCGGAGAUAUCGGACAAUGGCUGCGGAGUGAGUCCAAAUGAUCUGAAGGUCAUAUGCAGGAGGUUCACCACCUCGAAGACCUACGAGGACAUCAACGGCGUAAAGAGCUUUGGGUUCAGGGGGGAAGCGCUGGCGGCGCUGUCGCACUCGGCAAACGUGACCAUAUCGGCGCGUACCUCCGCCGACGAAAAAAGGACGGUCGUGCGAUACCACGACGGAGAGCCGAUUGACGAGACCGCCAGCCAGAUGGUGGGACCGGUGGGAUUCACCAUCACCUACGAGAACCUGUUCUUCAACAUGAACACGAGGGGCAAAACGCUCUCGGCCUCCCCCAGCGUGGAAUUCAACUUGUGCCUCGAGCUGGCGCAGAAGUACGCGGUGCAUUACCCGCACCUCGAGUUCGUAUUCCACAAGGUCGGCAGCAGCACGCUCGAACUCAACACCCAGGGCAGCGAUAGGGCAACAGACGGACGUGGCGCAGUGCAUGACUUCGACCACCGCCACUUCAAGGAGGUUAGUUUGUUCCCGCCGGACGCAGUGGACACCCCUGAACUCGUGCACUACCGCGAGCAUGUGGAGGAGCGGAGCAAGCAGGAUCUGGUCAGGGUGCGCAGUGCAAUAAAAGAGGUGUACGGCUCUGUCGUGGCCAACUCGCUCUACGAGUUCCAGACGCACUCGACGGGCGAUGUCUACUACAACUGCAAGGGGUUCUUCACCCACCCCAAUCAGCCAAACAGGUGCCACUCGUUUAUCCUGUUCAUCAACAACCGGCUGGUUGACCACCCCACGCUGCGCAGGAACAUCGACUGUGUGUACAAGGAGCUGCUGCACAAGAAGCAGAGACGCUUCGUCUACCUUGCAGUGUACAUGCCGUACGAUCGCAUCGACGCGAACGUGCACCCCUCCAAGGAGAAGAUAUUCUUCAAGCACCAGGAGCAAAUAGUCGAGGAAAUUGGUGAGCGGCUCAGGGAGCAGAUACGGGGCAUCCUGAAAAUCAACACCGAGAAUGCGCAGAAGGCUUCUGCAUACAACCAAAUGGAAGUAACGACGCGCCAGGACGAUGUCGAUGAGUCCAUAUUUCCGCAUCUCAAGCGGACCUACGAGACGUUUGAAAAGGCGAAGCCGCAUGCCAAAGUGCGGGUACGGAGUGACUACAAGCAAAUGGACAUCCAGAGCUUUGUCACGCCAACAUACAUAAUGGAAUCCAACGCCGAUCUGGAUUCAUACGCCCACCAAGCGGUUAAGGACCCCAAGGCUGAGGACACAGAGGCCGAUACCCCGGGGUCGGAAUCCACAGCCCCUCACACCCAGCACGACGAAAAUGCUAUUAGUCUGGCGGCGCUGCCCCGCCUUGCAAACACGGAGUUCAGUUUAAUGGAUAUCACGGGCGAGGAGGACGGAUUCUCCGACAUGUGGAAGAUACCGUUCAUCAAAGAGUUCAUCAACGAAUUCGAGUCGACGAGGGACAGGAAGCUCACGGACACCGUGCUUAACUCGGUGCUGGUCGGAGUUGCCGACAAGCACUACGUCAUCCUGCAGCACAGUACGGAGCUCUACAUGGUGGACAUCAUUCGCGUCGCGAAGGAGUGCGUUUUUCAGUCGGUUAUUUGGCGGAUAGGCCAACUGCCUAAACUGUUCCUCAACCCUCCCCUCUGCCUGGUGGACCUGCUAUCCUACGCCCUGGCCAGGGACGCUUACCAGGCCAGGGGGAGCGCUGGAGAGAUAGAUAAAUCGCAGUUCCUCGACAAGGCCAAGGAGAUGAUUAGGAAGUUCCAUGUUGGCUUCCUCACAAAGUACUUCGGCUUCAGCAUUGAGGACAACAAGCUGCACAGCAUCCCCAAGGUCAUGUCCAAUUACUUCCCAGGACCCGAGUACCUGCCAGGGCUCGUCCUAGCUCUGUUCUCGCUGGACAUAGUCGACGAGGGCAAGGCCGUCGGCGACAUAUCGCACAUCAUCUCGGAGUUCUUCACCUUCCCACCCAUCCACAGCAUCACCACCACCGACCCCGUGGCGAACGAGAAGAACUACCACCACUACAUCUCCAAGGUGCUGCUGAGGGCCGUUCAGCGAUUCCCUGACCUCAGCCUCUCCAGGCGCAGGCUCGACAGGGGCACUGUCAUCAAGCUGGCAAGCCUCGACUUGCUAUAUCGCAUAUUUGAGCGAUGCUAG